AUCGCAUUUUGUUCAGUCACCCUCUCCAUUGAGUCACCAGCGUUUAAAUCUGAGAUCUGAGGAUUUCGCGCAGCACUACCGCCAUUCAUUAAUCACUGUCCCACUCAAAUUUCAUGACCUCCGAUCUGUAGCUUCACUCGCUCAUACGCUAUCAAGUGAGUCCGUCGCAAAGAAACCCCGGGACCACGAACAUGACGAACUGGGACCCAACUGCGACUAAAGUCUUACUACGGUCGACAUCGCAGCGCCUCGGACAAAUUCAAGAGAGAAUAGACUCUCAAGGACAGAUCACCCGACGCGACAUUGCAACAUUAUUACAACAGAAUAAUACUGCUCUUGCGCGCGCUAAGGCACAGAAUCUCAUACAAGAUGAUGCGAUGGGCGACUUGUUGGAAGUGUUAGAAAUGCACGUCGGCGUGGUUAUUGAGCAUCUUGGCGAACUGGAUCAAGGGCGAACACCAAGUCCGGUUCUUACAGAGGCUGCAGCUUCCAUCAUCGCUGCAGCUCCCAGUGCUAAUAUCAAGGAACUCAAUGUAGUUCGAGAUGUGUUGACUCAGCGCAUGCAUCGUCAUUUCUCUAGUACACCUAAUAGCCUUGAAAAGCACGUCCCUUUGCGCGUCAUGCAAUUACUGUAUUCCCCAACCCCUUCUGCAUCCAAGAUGAAUCACACGCUGACCAAUGUAGCAAAGACGUAUGGUGUAAAUUGGGCUGCUGACCCUCCCCGGCAGGAUAUCCUGAAUGUCAUCUCCGAAAUUUUGGAUCCAGAAGGCUCACCUAUUGUCGACCUACCUCGUCUGCGGAGGCUAUGUUCACAAGGGUUACCCGAUGAACCUCCAUGGCUUAGGCCUAGGAUAUGGAAGCUUUUACUGGGAACUCUUCCAGUCUUGAAGUCAACGUGGAAAAAGGAAAAUCGGAAACAACGAGACAGCUAUUAUGAUCUUGUUCGCCGUUUGCUGUCACCACUGUCAGACAUGCCAUCACCAACAAAGCCUCUGAGCAGCAUAGAUACGACCCUAAUGAAAAUAUCCGAAUCUCUAUUUCGUCUCCCCCCUGGACUCUUCGGCACACUCGAUAGUGACCCGAGCUGUCCAAUUAUGUCACCGCUAGAUGAAAAUGGUGAUGACACUGAAAGGAUUGGGUGUGCUCAUCUUAUUGACGCACGACUACUGGUCCUCCGUGGACAAAUUUCCACAUCGAAACCAGCAGGUAUUCCCGAAAUUCGCCUAGAGCCUGACAUUGGCACGCUCGAGCUGACACCAUCACCGGACUCGGAUUCCAUUACAUCCCGUAGACCAGGGGCACCCACCACAUUAUUACCCGCCAAACUGUUCGAUGUUUCCAGUGCGCAUCCACAGCACAUCUCAGCCCUCCUCCGUCUACUUUAUCUGCAUUCAUGUAUAAAUCCAGGGAACCAAUCUCCACACAUUCCUUCCUUACUUGUACCAUUGUAUGCUGUUAUUGUCAGGGAGGUGGAAGCAGAAGAUUUAGCCCAUGCUGAAGCAGACACAUUCUGGUUAUUUGAAGCUCUCGUCGGGGAGUUUUCUGAACUGGCAGAUCAGGAGGGCGGCAAAGUCUGGAUGAAGAAAUUCAGCGAUCGAUUAACACAAGCUGACGGAGAACUUGCUGCGAGUUUGCACGCCAAGGGCCUGGAUCCUAUGCUCCCACAUUACUCCUAUCGCUGGCUUGCACCUCUCUUGUCGCAAACACUUCCUCUUACCUCCAUCCUGCCUGUAUGGGACACGCUCUUCUCGUACCCAAUGAGAACUCGAGACGAGAACCAUAAACUGGAUGUCCUCAUUGAUAUCUGCACAAGUCUUUUGAUCCGUGCUCGCGCGCCGCUUUUCAGACUUGGAAAGCCUGGAGGUAAGUCUCCGGGACUGUGGGCUGAAGAGCAUGUUACCAUUCGCCCUUCUUCGCCGCUUCGACCAUGGGAGCUGAGCGAUGCUUUCCUCGAGGGCAUUACUCUACUGCAAUCCUAUCCGAUUGAUGCAGCUGGUGGUAUCGACCGAGUCUUGCAAACCGCACACGAUCUGGCCCAGAGGCGCAUAGAGGAAAGUAGAUCAUCGAAGUCGGAUAAUGUUACCCUCGGCGCUCGGAUCAAAGCCACUAUGUGGAAGGGGUUUACAAACCAAGUCACCGCUGCUGAUGGGACGGAAGAGGAAGAGGAGGAGGAAGACUCGAGCUCAGAUGAAGAGGGCUCCCACGAAGAUGGCAAUGAGACAGAAACUCCGGCUGCUCCAACUCUGACUUCGCGCCUCGCGAAUACGGUGUGGCGCGGGAUUACCAACCAAAGUUCUAUGGACGAUUCUCCAUCUCCGCCGUCACCAACUUCCCCGCUACAAUCACAGUCACCACCGCUCCCUCAGAGUCCUCUAGAGCCAAUUGCCCCACAUAUAUCUCUUAGCCCACCGCCAUCAAGUAUUUGGGGUUAUGCUGGGAAACUCAAAGACUCUGACACCGUCGCGACUUUCGCGAAAGUUAGCACAAAUUGGCGCGCUAGAGCGAUGAAUGCAUGGGGCAGUCGACACAGUGAUUCGGCGUCGAAUGGAGAUACAUCGUCACCCACAAGUGUGAAGUCUGAGCUACCGCCCUCAGCUUUGAAUAGCUGGUCACCAGAGAACGAUGACCCUAGCAAUUCUAGAGACGGGAAUAGACGGGGCUCGCUUCCUGGUAGUAUUCGAGCGGCUGCUUUUGAUGAACCCCCUCGCCCCGCAUUCUUUCGAACACCCCGAGACAGCUUUUUGCCAUUACCUCGCAGAGAGACUUAUACCGCCCCCUCAAGCCCACAGAUCCGACCUCAGCAGCAAGAUAACUUCAUGCAUAAGGCGCAGGCCUCUCUGGCAUCUUUGGCUGUUUUGAACCCACGUACAACAAUCCCAUCCCAAUCUCCCAGGGGUGCGCCACGCCCUCUUCUGCUCAAUUCAAGUUCUUUGAUCACUGCGAAACCUCCGCUGUCCGCACACUCGGAUGGCGGGAUGCCGGUUACACGACAUAGUGAUUGGGCAGAUGUCACGCGCACCAGGGGACACGGACUGCACACAGAGUCGAUGUCUUCGGUUUCAUCGCUGUCGCCUUCUGAAGCCUUCAAUAGACCACGGUCGAGGCCGAGCUUAGGCUCCAGAUCCGACAUCGAAUCCGAUGGCGGAAGUCGAAAGGUGGCGUUAAACCGCAAGUCGAUAUCACCAAUGGCACCCGCAUCCCGUGCACUGCGAACUCCUUGGGCAACUUCUCCUCUAAGCACAUCCGAUGCAGUAAUGCGCGAUCCAUCAAAUAGCUAUACUAAGUUCGUCCCUGAAGACAGCUCAUCUGAAAGGGGCUGGCGCGGUUACGCGGCCACUGAUUCACCCACGACGGUGUCAUCUCCGCCUAUUCCUCCGACACCUAUCACUGCAGUUCAUGUCGAAGCAGGGAAAGUACGGGUGAAUGGUGAGAACCGGCAGAGCUCUAUUAGCGAAGAUAGUAUACCUCUUGGGCCACCCACACCAAACAAGCUUUUACUACGAAAGAAGACGCCGCCACCUCUACAAGAAGAUACGGACAAUUCUGAUUCGCAGGCCCGGACACCCUCCAGGAAUCCUCAUGUGCGCUCAAAGCGCCACCUUCCAAAACUACCCAGCCUGCGAACUCGCGAUAACAACCUUCGGCCUACUUCCGUGGCUGAGCACAAGAAUGUGAGCCCCAACACGCUUGCCCCUCCCGAGUCACUCGAGGAGCAAGAGUUAGCCAUGACACCUCGGGCUCUUGAUUUUGGUUCCAACGAACCCACAUCGGUAUCCACGACUUCGUCGCAUUCUCCACGUCCUAGGCGGAAGACGUCAGCGGAUACAUUGGGGCGUUCACGAAAAAUGUCAGGGGAAUCAGUUGCUCGGCUGAGUAGAUCUUCCUUCGCCGAGACGCAGGAAACUAGAGAUAGCGCUGCAGAAGAAGGGGACGAUGAAGGCUACGAUGACAUUCUGAGUGCGUAUGAGAGUGAGGAAGGUAGUAGGGAGUAGAUAUCUUCGACUGUUCGUGAUCGAAAAAUAGAGGGUAUAUUAAAUGCGGGUAAUAUUGUCUAUGUGGUUG